AUGUUCCGUUCCUACUCUCGCUCUCUAUGGCAUCUUGCCUCUGGAGCGUCCCCUAGCACGGUCAAGCUCGUAACUCAAACAUCUCCUCGAUUCGCAAUUGCUCCUCUCCUCCGUCAACCAGCCCGUAUUGCCUUCUCCAGCAAAUCCGACAAAGAGAACAAGGACCCUCCUCCUCCAUAUCGAACCAUCGAUCGCGAGGCCGAACGUAAGCGUGGACAAGAAUUGCUAGGGUCAGACCCAAGCAAAGUCUCGUCCCAGAGCUCGGUGCGCCAUGUUCUCGAGGAACCUCAAGCGCCCCCAACCGGCGAACAUGACAUGGCCGGCGAGCUGAAGCAUGACAUAGACAUUGUCAAAGACACAUUUCGAUUCAAAAGCGUUCCCCGCGAGUCGCACAUCCUCGGCCUGGCUGGCACACUGCCCUAUAUGGCAACAUCUCUCUCCACUGUUUUCCUCGCCUGGGAUCUCAACAAGAAGUGGCCUACCGGGAACGCAUUCUACGAUACCAUCUUUGUGGAUCAUGAAACAGCCAAGCACUUGUUGAGCAUCAUCGAGCCCCUUCAGCUGGGAUAUGGUGCUGUUAUCAUCUCUUUCCUAGGAGCAAUCCACUGGGGUCUGGAAUAUGCCGAGAAGCAGCCCCUUCGUGAACGCACUCGUUUCCGCUACGGCAUGGGUCUGGCCGCCUCCAUCAUCGCGUGGCCGACUCUCUUCCUGCCCGUCGAAUAUGCCCUCACCACGCAAUUUAUGGCCUUUGUUGCCCUCUACUUCGCCGACUCUAGAGCCGCCACCCGUGGCUGGGCACCUCAAUGGUACGGCACCUACCGCUUCCUCCUGACUGCCAUGGUCGGCCUCGCCAUCUUCAUUUCUUUGGUGGGCAGGGCCAAGAUCCGCCAGGGAGACUCCCUCAGUGGUCACGGUCUGAGCGACAACUUUUCAAGACCUGGCAUCGCUGAUACCAAGACCAACUGGACCAAGUUGGAGGAGGAGGAGAAGGAGCGUGUGAAGAGAGAGAAGAAGAAAAAGGCCAAGGAGGAUGAGAAGAAGAAGCAGGAAGAGAUGCAAGAAAAUAUGAAGAGCGAAAAGGGCCAUGACCAAGCCAAGACAGAGACCGAGGACAGUGAAAAGGGUGAGGAGAAAAGCGAGAAGAGUGAUGAGAAGGAGGACGCUCAGGACAAGAAGGAAUCCAAAGACCGGGAGGAGAGUGAGAAGAGCAAGGACAAGGGCAAGGGCAAGGGCAACGAUGAGAGCAAGGGCGAGAAGAAUGAGGAGAGCGAAGAGAAAGAGCCCAAGGACAAAGACGAGGGGUCCAAGGAGCAAGAUGACGAUGACAAGCCCAAAGACACCGAGUCCAAGGGCGGGAAGAAGGAAUAA